AUGGGCCACAAGGACUCGAGUUUCAAUGUGCGAUCGUUGAUCAAAGACCAUUUUUUCCGAGGACCCAUCGAAUGGGAUUAUCGGCCGGACAUCAUUUACAAAUUGCUCGAUCUGGCUGAGAAAUCGUUGUCCCGUCAGCCAUCAAUGCUGGAGUUACGCACGCCGCUCGUCGUUUGUGGUGACCUACAUGGGCAAUAUCAGGAUUUGCUGCAAAUCUUUCAGAGUCAAGGUCUUCCCUUUCAACAACGAUAUCUCUUCCUUGGUGACUAUGUCGAUCGCGGAACGCAUUCACUUGAGAUUCUGAUGCUGUUGUUAGCGUGCAAGGUUGAGUACCCGGAUAACAUGUUUUUGCUGCGUGGAAAUCACGAGAUCUCUUCGGUGAACAAAUACUACGGUUUCUUCGGCGAGCUCCGUAUGCGUUUCCACCGGAACAAUGAAUGGGAUGGCCUCUACAGGCGUUUUUGUCAAGUCUUUGGAUAUCUGCCGGUGGCAGCUCUUGUGAAUGGAACUGUUUUGUGUGUGCACGGUGGUCUUGCUCCGACGCUCAAAUCUCUCGACGAUCUUCGAUCCAUCAAACGUCCAGAAAUCGAGCCUGCCGAUGGGGGUCUUUUGGAGAACAUUCUCUGGGCGGAUCCGUCACUUGAUUGUGCCCAUUUCUCGGCGAACACCGACCGCAAUUGCUCCUACAUCUACGGCAAAGAGGCGGUCGACGAGAUUUUCGAGAAGCUCGGCAUCUCGCUUCUCAUACGAGCACAUCAGAUGGUUGAUCACGGCUACGAAUACUUUGCGAACCGCCGCGUUGUGACUCUCUUCUCAGCGCCCGGCUACAAUGAUUCAUAUGAGAAUUUGGGAGCAAUCAUGAAGUUUACCCGUGACGGUGAAUGCAAUUUCUAUCAAUUCGACUCGGCGACGCCUGUCGAUCGAUCGAGGAGCCGCUUCACGCGCAUCGCUUCUACCGAA